AUGGACAUUGAACACGGUGUAACAUUAAGUCUGACGGGUAAAGAGCCGCUUCUAACUGCUGUCUUCAAUCCUGCACUAAAUUUAUCCUCUCAUGUUUAUGAAAUUGCUCUGCUAAACCUUUUUACGUAUAAUUCCAUCCCAAAUAUUACAUCAGCAAACAAUAAUUUCUACUUCUACAACUACUUAAACGAUGUAGAAAUUUUGGACAAAGAGUGUACUUACCUGCUGCCCUCAGAGAGUCUGCUGUAUAUAGAAGGACGACUUGUCAAUGCAGAGGGAAAGGGAAAAGCUACUGAUAUUGAGUUAACAAAUAACUGUGCGCUUCAUCUGUUUUCAGAAAUUCAGUACCGUCUCAAUAACCAAAUUAUCGACCAUGUGCGUAAUCCUGGAAUUGCAGUAUUAAUGAAAGGAUAUGCAUCUUUUACCCCAGGUGAAGCAAACUCAUUACAAAAUGCCGGAUGGGGGACAAGAAUUGAAUUGAAAGAGUUAGUCGAUAACGAUGGACGUUUCAAUUUUUGCAUUCCGCUUAAAAUGAUCUUAGGCUUUGCAGAGGAUUACAAAAAGAUAAUUAUAAAUGCUCGUCAUGAAUUGGUACUGAUUCGUAGUAGACAAGAUAUUAACUGUAUUGUCUCAGAAACAGCAGAUACCAAAUCGAAAAUUGUGUUGGAGAACAUGCACUGGGAAAUGCCACAUGUCCAAGUUUCUGAAAAGCAACAAAUAUCACUGUGGAAUAUUUUGAAAAAUGAUAUCAGUCUCAGAUUAGCUUUUCGUCACUGGGAUUUGAUUGAAAGUAUUGCACCAGAAAUUAACUCCUGGACAUGGCAAAUUAAAUUUAAUACAGCCCUUGAAACCGCAAGCUAUGUAAUAUUAGCUUUUCAGUCAAACAGAAAUUCGAUUACUGCUGACUCUAGUGUAUUCGACAAAAUAAACAUAUCAGACUUGAAAGUAUAUUUAAAUUCAUCUAAAUUCCCAGAGGAGAAUUUUGCUGUCGAUUUUGACACUAAGAAUACAGCACAAGCGUUUGAAAUGUACGCGAAUUUUCAGUCACUGUAUUAUGGAGACAGCGGUGUAAGAAGAAGAGGAAACCCACUCAUGAACCGUACCGAAUUUCAGAACUGUCCUAUAUUUUUCAUUGAUUGUUCACAUCAAGACGAAACACUGAAAUCUUCCAUCGUUGACAUGAAGAUAGAAAUAGAAGCAAAAAAAGCAUUUGCAAAAAAUACAAUAGCUUACUGCUUGGUCAUUCAUGAUUCAGUAAUUGAAAUGACUCCAUCAAGCAAUCAGGUUGCAAAGAGUACACAGAUACACUCCUGGAAAUGGAAAAAAGAACACAUUGACACCGGUGUGUCAGACUCACCAUACUUGCUCCGGACACUGCGAGAGGGCUGUACAAGCAAUGAUCACACGCACGGCACAGCGGACACACCAGGAACCGCGGUGUUGGCCGUCGAAUGGCGCUAG